AUGCCUCAGGGCCUCUUUGCCCCUCCAACAUCGCCAACCGCCGAGCCAGCUGUGAUACCGGGAAAUGAUGCCACCACCAACGAGGCCAUCGCCCACAACGAGGCAGUUGGACAAUCACGCAUAUUUCCCCGUGUGGAGUCGUCUUCUUCGUCGGCGACUUCUGAUCAGCAUGUGAUCCUGGAGCCAACUGUCUACGUGCCGCCCUCUCGAAUGAGUGUCGCUGCAGAGCUGGAGGAGGCGGUUGUCCAGUCGCCGCCACCUGCAGCUGAAGAUGGAUCCAGAUCUCCAUCUUCGUCGAGCUCUAGCUCUAGCUCAGGCUAA